AGUAAACACAGCGAAUUUCUUGUAACCAAAGCCGCGUCCGGAAAAUACGUUGCCGACCACUCAUCCUAAAAAUCGGAGCAGAGAAGAAAAUUGAACAAAAUAGAUGAUGCGAAUGCUGCAGGAGGAAGACAAAGCAGUCCACGUCAAUUGUUCGUCCAUGUGGCCGUACCCCACUGGCCAGGAGGCCUGCUAUCAUCUUGGCAUUGUUGGGAGGGAGACCCGCCCCGGUCAUUUGCACUCUGCUGGUAUUGUUUUUUUUUUUUGAACUCCACUCUGCUGGUAUUGUUGUCUUUGCUGUUGGCUGGGAUGUGGGCUUGUUAGACCAGUCUCAGUAAAAAUUUUAUGGGCACAAUUAUUUAGACUGAGAACUAAAUAAUUAUGCUAGAUAAAUUUCAUAGUGAUUAAACUCUCCUCACAUUUCAGAAAACUUUAUCCUUCUUUUUUCUUGUCAUGUCAGUAAAAUUGAUGAUAUUUAAUGUCACGAAACUUUUCAUGGAAUCUUCAUUAAGAGUGACUUUACCACUGUACUAGUACAACAAAAUAGCAGUAUCAGAUCAGCAGUAGCACAGGGACAAGGGGCCGGUUUGGUGCGGCUCCCGCCAGCUUCUACAGGCAGCAGCUGGAGGAGCCACAAUUUGCUGUUCCUUUGGCUCGAGGCCGUCCAUCCCUUUUCUCCUUCAACAACCCUGUCAUCCCUCCUCUUUUGAUCCUCACAUCAAUGCUGAUCAAGGUUAGUGCCGCCACUGACAAACUACUCCUAUAAGCUAAUUGCAGAGCAAGCAUCCCCAACCCCAAUCCUCUUUGUGUGGCUGCCUUUACUUUGUUCGGAUCGAAAGCGGUCGUGCGUGUCGCCACCGGCAGUUUAUCCGGCCGCUCCCUCCUAUCUUGGAUCCAGCAUCAGCUUGUAUUGCAUCCCAUUCCAUCCCAUCCUUCGUUGGGCCACGUACGGCCAGCCUCCAAUCCCGGUCUCGGGUGCCCGGGGUCGCUAUAUAUAUAGCUGCCACUGAGUUGGCCAGUGGAUGAACAGGAUCGCCGUGGGCGCUCCGGGCGAGCUGUCGCACCCUGACACUGCCAAGGCUGCCGUCUCCGAGUUCAUCUCCGUGCUCAUCUUCAUCUUCGCCGGCUCCGGAUCCGGCAUGGCCUUCAGCAAGCUCACCGCCGGCGGCGCAACCACUCCUGCUGGCCUCAUCGCCGCGUCUCUGGCGUACGCCCUGGCCCUCAUCGUCUCCGUCUCCAUCGGCGCCAACAUCUCCGGCGGUCACGCCAACCCGGCCGUCACGUUCGGCGCCUUCGUGGGCGGCAACAUCACCCUCUUCAAGGCCGUCGUCUACUGGGUGGCGCAGUUGCUCGGCUCCGUCGUCGCCUGCCUUCUCCUCAAGAUCGCCACCGGCGGGGCGGCUGUGGGCGCCCUAUCUCUGUCCGCCGGCGUGGGCGCCUGGAACGCCGUCGUCUUCGAGAUCGUCAUGACCUUCGGCCUCGUCUACACCGUGUACGCCACCGCUGUGGACCCCAAGAAGGGCGACCUCGGCGUCAUCGCGCCCAUCGCCAUCGGCUUCAUCGUCGGCGCCAACAUCCUCGCCGGCGGCGCAUUCGACGGCGCCGCCAUGAACCCCGCCGUGGCCUUCGGCCCAGCCGUCGUCACCGGCGUGUGGGAGAACCACUGGGUGUACUGGCUCGGCUCCUUCGUGGGCGCGGCCAUCGCAGCGCUCGUCUAUGACAUCAUCUUCAUCGGACAGCGCCCGCACGACCAGCUGCCCGCCACCGACUACUGAUCGCCUCGCCGGACGAUCACCACCAUGGAUGCAUGCAUUCCAAUCGUUGAUUCUCUUCCAUUCAACUCUUGUCCAUC